CACCGAGUGGAGGCGGCGGUGGCGGCGGCCGGGGCGGGAUGGGUCUCGCUGCCCGCUGAAGGUGCAGCACAGGGCGGCUGCAGUCGGCAUGGGACUAGACGGCGGAUCACAGGAGGCUGCACUGUACCUAUGGCAGACUCGUCGAGUGACUCAGACACACAGCUUCAUAAUUUCUCCAGAAGACGAGGACCAUUGAAAACAACAUCGAGGGGAAGGAGCAGAAUGCACAAUGCUGCUUCUGUCUCUGAAAAGAUUGACACAUUAACAAGCACUUUGGAGGAUACCAAUCGGGACCUAAAGAACGUUGAUCGGUUGCUGGGACGGUAUAGAGGCUACACCAAUGAACAAAUGGAGGCUGUGGCACAGCUGCGAGAUAAUUUAGAGCAAUCUAUCGACGAACUCCGAAGCCAGCGAAUGAGCAGAAGUGCUGGAAUAUCUCCUCUUCGGACAAGUGAUCUGCAUGGUGACUCAACAGCGGGUCGUCGAUACCGCCCAACCUCACCCCUCAGGGACCCUGGAAGUUACACAAAAACAGCUAUCAGAAGGUCGCGAUCUGCCUCUGUGAGAUUUGUAGAUGACACUGAGCCAUUAAACCAGGUGCACAGUUUGCAUCAGUCCCUAAGAGACCUCAGCAGUGAUCAGCUACGCCUUGGAGAUGAAGUUGACCAGGAAAUAACCAGGAGAAAUAGGAACGAUAAGGAAACUAGGAAUUCUAUCGAUUCAUUGUCAGGGAGAGUCCGAGAGGUGUCCAGAACAGAGACCGUUUCCGAACGAGUUGAAAGGCGCCUUCAAGAAAUUGAAAAGGAAAUGAGAACUGAACGACAAUUAGCGGAACAUCGCCAGGAUAAGCUGGGACUGAUGGCAGUGCAACUGCAAGAGGAGAUGAGGAAACGGGAUAAGAUCGAGGAAGUGGAAGGGAUGAAGAGUAAACUUUCAAAAUCCGAAGAAGAAAAGUUCCUGAUUGAGCACGAGCUCAGCCGCACACGACGAAGGCUGGAUCAAUCAGAAGGAAGUCGGGAAACGCUGGCCAGUCAGAUAGAUGAUUUGCGCUCUCAGCUGUUACGGACGGAACAGGAGCGGGCAACUUUGCAACACAGGAUUUUGCAACCACAGCAGAAAAGUCAUCGCGAAGCGGAGGAGGAUGAUAGACUGGUUCAAGCAGUGGCCGCGAGAGCAGAGCUUGAGAAGCAGUUGCUAGAGAAACAGGUUGUAGAGCUCAGGGCACAGCUGAACCAAGAUGCCACCCGGUCUGAAAUGGGGGAGCUGAAGCGAUCACUUGAGAGGAAAGAGAAAGAGAAAAUGGAACUCUCUGCACAUAUCGAGGUUCUCAACUCAGACCUGGAGAAAAGAGAGAAGCAGCAACUGAGGAUGUUGAGCCAACUUCAGGAAAUCCAGAGAAGUUAUGAUGACUGCGUGCAAGAUCGUCAAUCCACGAGGUUGGAAAUUGCGAAUUUAUCCCGGCAACUGAAAGAGUCGAGCGCUGGAGCCGAGACGCUCAGGGCUCAGUUGAAGGAGAUGGAGCGCCUUCGACUGGAGAGUGAAAAGAAGAAGGAUGAAUUGAAAGCGAAGGCUCAGGAGUCCAUCCGACAGUGGAAGGUGAAGUGCAAGAAGCUGGAGCGUGACGUGGAGAGGCAGAAGGAGUCCGUCGACCAGUGGAUGGAACAGCAGAGCUACGCGAGCAAGGAGAAAGAAGCCCUCCAGGGGCAACAUGAGUGUACCUUGCAGCAGGCGGAGAGUCUCCGUAGGGAGCUCAACGAGGUCUUGCUGAAACGAGUGCAGCAGGAGGAGGAUGUGCGACGGAAGGACGUGGAGCUCAAUGAGUUGAAGUCAAGGCUGCUCCACCUGGACGGGGAGCUGCGGGACACCAAAGACUCUCUGCGCAAGCUGGAGGUGGACUUCCAUGAGCGGGGCACGCUACACGUGAAGGCCAAAGGGGAGAGGCAGCGGCUGGAGGAGGAAUUGGAGGCCUUGAGCGGGCAGCACGAAAGGAACCAGGAGAAGCUGUUGGAAAUGCAGCGGCUGAUCACGGAGCUGAGCGCCGUCCGGUCUGAGCUCAGUACCAAGCUGGCUCAGGAAGAGGCUUCAAAAAAGGAGAUCAGGAAGAGCCUCUCGGAAGCUCAGGCAAGGCACACGCUGGCCCAAGAAGAAGUUGCUUCCCUCAGCGACCAGUUUAAGCUGCAAAAGGACGUGCACAGGAGGGAACUUGCGGACUUCAAGUCAGAGAUGCAGAGUUUAAGAACCAAGCAUGAAAGGAACAUGCAGUCAGUAAUCAAGCAAUUUCAAGAAGAACGGGAAAAACUAGAAAAUAAUAUCAGCUUGUUAAAGGCCGAACAAGCGGAUGAGAAGAAUUUUGCAAAAGCCCAGCGGCGGCAGGUGGAAAAGAUGAAAACCGAAUGUGAUAAGCUAGCCGAAGAGCUGAUUCAGGGCGAGGCAGAAAAUACCAAACUCAGGAGGAAAUACCUGGUGCUGAAGCAAGAGCUGGAAGCAAAGGAUAAGCUGGCAGUGAACGGUGAAGAGUGUGCAAGGCAACUGGAAGAAAUGACGUUUCAGCUAAAAGACCAGGUCACCAAAGUGCAGACGGAGCAAGAGAUGAUCCUUUGUUGUGUAGGAAAAGAGAUUGAGGCUGCUUGUGAUUUCCUCUCCAGAGACGCCGGCGACAAAUUUAAAGCAAUAACGUUUACACCUGGAUUAGAAAAUGAUCCCCAUCGCUGGCUGGCUGAAAUGAAAACCAAGCUGCAGUGGCUGUGCGAGGAAGUGAAAGAGCGAGGGGGACGUGAGCUGAAGUUGCGUUCGCACCUCCGGCAGUGUCGAGCCCAGCUGAAAGAUCUCGCGCAGAGCAAGGAGUCGGAGUCUGAGCUUUUCAUCGAGCAAAUCACAAAGCAGGAGCACCUCCUGGAGGAAAUUCACCGGGAAAAAAGAGAGUUACUGCAAAAAACGUGUCGGCAGGAUGAAGAGAUGAGAGCAUUGCAGGGACGAUACAAUGAUCGGAUCGCAGAUUUAGAAGCAAGCACUCAAUUGGCAUUGGAUCAUCUUGAAUCAGUACCAGAGAGGCUGAGUGUGCUGGAUGACAUCCGCGAUCCGGAGGAUUCCCAACAUCACCGGGACAUGAUUGAAGAACGAUACACGAAUUACAAAGAGAUCGUGAGAUCCCUGCAACAGCAGCUGCAAGACUCAACAAGGAGAAUCCAGGCACACCAGGUGGACGCGUUGGAUGUGAGUUUGGGGAGCGAGCAGAUGGAUGACGCAUGUACCACGUACAGUGACCAGAACAGAUUCCUUUCCAGCAGCUUCACUACAGAAACUUACUCACCAAGCGGCAGCCGCAGGUGGAGAAACCAGCCGCCCGGACGCCCAGAGACCAGCGACAGGCAGGGCUUCGGCGGGGCCACUGAUGGAGGAAAGUCUCUCGCCGAAAAAGACAAGUGUUAGGCCCGGAAAACCAAGCGACGACCCGAUGGAUUUUUUGUUUCCCAGCCGCUUUAAUGGAGGCCCGCUUACCUCUUUCGUCAAGAGUAACUCAGCGGGACAGGCAGCACCUCUGGAGAGAAGGAAUGGGUUGACGUUUCGGGUCGAGUCCCUUCGUCAGGCUGAGAGUCAGGGGGGGAGAGACAUUGAUAGUACUUGGAAACUUAAAUGAAUGGAAGAUUUGCAGAAAGUUACGAUAAUCAAGGAUAAAGUAGAGCCCACAAGGGUCCGUUGUUGGCUGUGGGGUAGGUGAUAACGAGUUAUACAGACUGUG